AUGGAUGAAGGGAAUUCGCCUUUGACCGCAGAAUUUAACGCUUGUUGCUCUUCGAUCGCUCUGGACGUGAACCCUGAUCAGUCGCUGACGAAGAAGUCGAAGUGCUUUGGUGGUCGAAGGCGGAAUCGGCUGGUGAGUGGGGGAUUGCGCCUACGAAUCAGCCGUGACAAAGCGGCGGAUUGCGAAUGUGUGAUCGGCAAAUUCAGCAUUUCAUUUACUGGUGACGGAUCUUCGUUUUCGGCAUUCGAAGCUUUGCCCUAUGUUUUGUUGGAUUUUGUUUCGGGUGAGACGAUUUUACGAGUUACUGAAGAGGAAAUGGCAAAAGACGAAAGCCCCUGCCAUUUGCAAUGUAGGUGCGACUUGCCUGUUUCCGUCAUGGAAUCGCUGGUCAAAAGCUCUCGCUGUUUGUACGUCUCGUAUAAGCGCAAUCCUCGCGAUACCUCAGCUCAGUCAUUGCCUGGAUUUGACCUGUUUUGUAUGAUAUGGUUACGUAGUUGUGCAUUCAUGUCUCGAGAACAGUACUUGGUGGCCAGUCAUAACGGCUUGAUCAAACGCGUUAUUGACGUGUUUUUGUACUCGAACCCGUCCGUGCCUUACGUUCGGCGUUUAGCCAGCGACAAUCCGCAUUCGAUGGCCGAUUUCUACCAUAGCUUAAAGGUGAGUUUUAGAUCAUUUUGUGUUCCGAUGUCGACGUGGUUGUUUUUCUUCAAUGCAUUGCUUUUUUAUGACGAUUUUUUGGCAGAGCGAGUUGCGAUUGUUUUUUGA